AUGUCCCGGUACGACUUGGUGAUUUAUGGCGCAAGCGGUUUUACAGGAGCAUAUAUCGUGGAACGUCUUGUGACUUCUAAAUAUUUUGGUACAGUGUCGUUCGCUGUCGCUGGCAGAAGCAAUGCUAAACUUGAGAAAUCUUUGGACAAGAUAUCCAAGAAAACAGGUAAGGACAUCACGGCGACCCCGGUAAUCAUAGCCGACUCUUCUGAUGAGCAAUCAUUGGCUGAUAUGGCCAGAAAAGCAAAGGUCAUCGUAAAUGCCGUCGGACCGUAUCGGCUUUACGGUGAGCCUGUCGUGAAAGCAGCUGUGGAAAAUGGUGCUAACCAUGUGGACAUAUCUGGUGAACCAGCGUAUCUCGAAAGGAUGCAAAUGAUCUACGGUGAAAAGGCCAAGCAAAAUGGUGUGUACAUCGUUGGUGCAUGCGGAUGGGAUUCGAUUCCUUGCGAUCUUGGAGUGAGCUUCUUGAAGGAGAAAUUUAAUGGAGAUCUCAAUCAUGUGGAAAGUUUUGUGCAAAUGGUCAGCGGACCGUCGGGUUAUGCAAUCAACGAAGGAACGUACCAAACCCUGAUUCUCGGUAUAAGUCAAGCAGCAUCUGACGGGUUGGGAAAGAUUCGCAAGACCAUAAUGCCGGAAAAAAUCGAGAAGGGAGAUGUGAAGCCACCAAAAAGGGGUAAACUAUGGGCGAUCCAUGAGAAGGAGCUUGAUGGUUGGGCAUUACCCUUCAUGGGUUCGGAUAAAUCUAUUGUCAACCGAUCACAGUACUACGAUUGUGUGACUAACAAUAAGAGACCGGCUCAAAUCGAAACCUAUCUUCGCGUGUCCUCCCUUCUAUGGGCUGUAUUGCUGGCAAUGUGGCUUACAGUAUUCGCUGUACUUGCUCAGUUCAAAUUUUCUAGAGAAUUUUUGAAGAAACACCCCGACCUCUGCAGCUUCAACAUGUUCAAGAGCUCUGGUCCAUCGGAGCAGCAGAUUGCUGAGGCGUCGUUCAUAUACUGGUUCUUCGGAUAUGGGUACUCGGAGCGUAAGCCCGUGGGAGAAAAGCAUGCGGGAACACCUGAUCAAAAGAUGGUUGUUACUUGCAAAGGCCCUGAUGCUGGUUAUCGCUCAACCAGUGCUUGUGUACUUUCGGCUGCUCUCACAGUUCUCCAAGAUCCUCAGAAUCUUCCACAAGGCGGCGGAGUCUUCACAACUGCUUCCGCUUUUGCCAAGACCAACAUCUACUCUUAUCUCGAAUCAUUUGACAUCAAGUUCCAAGUCGAGUCUCCCCAAUCGCAAGUCUGAAGUGCAAUUUGUAUCUGCUUUCGUUGAAUCUGUUAUUAUUGUCAACCUAAGAAAUAAACAUGGUCCAUUAUGAUAUCACAAAUAUUCAAGUACUGCUUAAUUCUUUGGCCAUCACCGGCGAAUAA